UUUUGCUGUUUUUCAAAGUGCGGUCACCGCUUCUCUUGGAUUCUAUAUUUUAAUUUGUUUAACUAAUUUUUAGCCAGUACGCAAGGUAACGCGGCGCCGCACUUAACAUUUCUAGCACAAUUACCACAAGCAGCGCACAAAAUGGCCGAGGUUGAAGCCGUGCAGAUAAUUGCCGAGUCAUUGAAGCAACAGGGCGUGGAGUAUGUUUUUGGCAUCAUCGGUAUCCCUGUCAUCGAGCUGUCCAUGGCCUUCCAGGCUGCUGGUCUAAAGUACAUUGGCAUGCGGAAUGAGCAGGCUGCCUGCUAUGCCGCCCAGGCCAUUGGUUAUUUGACGGGCAAGCCCGGCGUCUGCCUGGUGGUAUCCGGACCUGGAUUGCUCCAUGUAACAGGUGGCAUGGCCAAUGCCCAGGUGAACUGCUGGCCGCUGGUUGUUAUUGGUGGUGCCACCAAUCAGGAUCAUGAGGGUAUUGGCGGCUUCCAGGAGUGCCCGCAGGUGGAGCUCUCGCGGCCGUAUUGCAAGUAUGCCGCGCGUCCGGCCACCGCUGCCCUCAUCCCGCUGCAUGUGGAGAAGGCCGUGCGCUAUGCCACCUAUGGACGUCCUGGUGUUGCCUACUUGGACUUCCCCGGCAAUAUUCUGCAGUCGAAGGCUGUGGAGGAUCGCAUCUACAAGGCGUUGCCCCAUCCGGCCCCGCCACUAGCCUAUCCUCCCCACGACGAUGUGAUUCGGGCCGCCAAGCUGCUGCGCCAGGCCAAGCGACCGCUGGUGAUCGUGGGCAAGGGCUCCGCCUAUGCCCAUGCCGAGAACACGCUGCGUCACUUCAUUGAGAACACCAACCUGCCCUUCCUGCCCACGCCGAUGGGCAAGGGUGUGGUCUCUGACACGGCGCCCCAGUGCGUCUCUUCGGCCCGAACCCUGGCCCUGCAGAAGGCGGACGUGGUGUUGCUGUUGGGCGCUCGUCUCAACUGGAUCCUGCACUUUGGCAAGCAGCCGCGCUACGACAAGGACGUGAAGUUCAUCCAGGUGGACAUUAAUCCCGAGGAGCUGCACAACUCGGUGGUGGCCUCGGUGGCCAUUCAGGCGGAUAUCCGACCCUUCGCCGAGCAACUGUUCGAGCAGAUGAACGCCGUGAACUUCCGUUUUGGCUACGAGCAGGAUUGGUGGAAGCAGCUGGCCGUCAAGUGCAAGCAGAACCGCGACACCGUGCAGAAGAUGUCGCUGAACACGGAGACGCCGCUGAACUACUAUGCGGUCUUCCAUCAUCUGCGCGAGCUGCUGCCCAAGGACACGAUCAUUGUCAGCGAGGGAGCCAACACCAUGGACAUUGGCCGUUCGAUGCUGCUGAACGAGCAGCCACGCCAUCGCUUGGAUGCUGGCACCUUUGGCACCAUGGGUGUGGGUCCCGGAUUCGCCGUGGCCGCCGCCCUCUUCUGCCGUGAUUUUGCUCCCGGCAAGCGUGUCCUGUGCGUGGAGGGUGACAGUGCCUUUGGUUUCUCGGGCAUGGAAAUCGAGACCAUGGUACGCUACAAGCUGCCAGUGACCAUUGUGAUUGUGAACAACAACGGCAUCUACGGGGGCUUCGACAAGGACACCUUUGAGGCCAUUCGCAGUGAGGGUGAUUUGACCCAGAUCACGCCACCCUCGGCACUGGGCGUUCAGGUGCGCUACGAGGAGAUGAUGAAAAUGUUCGGCAUGCAGGGCUAUUUCUGCACGGAGAUCGAGCAGCUGCAGGCGGCUGUCAAGGCGGCCAAUCAGCUGACGGACAGGCCGACCAUCAUCAAUGUGGCCAUCAGCCCGUCCUCCGACCGCAAGCCGCAGUCAUUCAACUGGCUCACCGAGUCCAAACUGUAGGAUACAAUAUACACCUAUGUAGGUCUUAAGCACAAAGUUCACCAUUCCGAAAGUUAUAUUGCCACGAAUUUUUCUGUAUAUACAUGCAAUUUUUGAUAA